CGAUUUGACUUUCUGAACGUAGUCAACAUUUUGGGUUUUAUUAUGUAUGAUCAUGACACCUUAUGUAUAUUGAUAACUUAUUUAGGUCGCCAAUAAUCAGAAAAAUUAUAAGGAAAUCAGUUACGUCGGAUUAGGAUAGAAAAUAAACUGGUUCCCUUAACUGGUAACAUUAGAGCAGACGAUUAUACACGGUGUGUUGACAACGGUAAUCGAAUUCUAUUAAUUAGGCAUUUAGGCCUAGUUGGGCUGCAUUCAAGAUCGUAGCAGGUAACCUAGCUGCUUGGUUAGAUAUCUAGUGUUGGCAGUAAAUGGCACAUACAUUGCAUCUAGCGGGAAAUGCAUCAGAACUGGAUAAACUGAUUCAAAGCUUUGAGUUUGAGAAUCAGCAACAUGUGAAACUGAUUGAAUCUGAGAAUCAACAAAUUGAUGCAUUGGUAAAAGAGUUGGUGGAUAAAAAGGAUACCUUUGCCAGACUGCAAGAGCAAAUUUCAAGUUUUGAUGAAGAAACGAAGAGAGCCCACAAACAGUUCACUGUCAACAGAGAAAAUGUUGAAAGUUUAAAGAAGACAUCUGUCGUACUGAAGGAACAUGAGAAAGCUCUUCAGAAGAAAAAUGAUGCUCUUAUUGAAUUAGGAGAAAGAGAAAGUAAAGAGAGAUCCCAAAUUCUUGAACACUACAGAAACAUUUGGAGGGAUUAUGAGGCCAAGUACAAGUCUUUUCCUUUGGCAAAGACUUUGGAGACCCUUCAAGCCGAGAACAGACAGUUGGAAGAUCAGUUGAAACAGGAAGAAGAAGAAUGUGACAAACUCAGAAAGAAGCUGGUUGAUUUAAGUGAGACAGAGUGCAGUGAUCUGAAAGACUUCAAUUCUUUUGCUGUGAUGAUAGCAGGAAUAAAACUUGAGACUAACAGUGUAAUUCAAAAUUGUGUUAUGGUUGAUCUAGAUCUAUCAAAAUCACUGGAGGAAAUGCAGAAUUUGACAAUGUGUCCAAAGAGUUUUCAACAGAAGGCUACUUUUGAAUGUACUACCCAGAGCAACCAGCAGUCCGACAUGUCCAGAAGUCCUCGGCAACAGUCUACUGCUCAAACUCAAUAUAAUCCCAAGCUUAUCAGUGAAAUUAGACAGAGAGAGGAAGAAGGAGAGGCCCAGAUGCAAGUGACAAACAACUCCCAGUCCGAUCAAGUAACUCAACUACAUCUCUCUGGAGACAGAAUUAUUCCAAGCUCUACAGUAACUACAGAACCACAGAAACAGUCAAACCAGGAGGAACCUAUGGUUUUCAGUAGUUCUGGAUUACAGGUGACAGAGGGAAUUUUACCACAACCAGGUCUGUUUGAGGACAAGGGUAAUCACACCAAGCAGAUCCCAAAGGUCAAUGAACAAGGUGAUAACAACAAGGUGUCCAGCCUGCAAGUCGUGCCACCCCUCUUAAAGAGUACCAUUCCAGCAGUAUCAAAACUGGACGAAAGAUCAGUAACCCAUGAAAUGAGUCCAAUGAUGCCUAAAGCAUAUAUACCUUCCUUAGAAGAAAUGAGAGCAAAAGUAGCAAUCCCCUCAAAAACUCUGAGUCCAAAACUUCAGGUAGAAAUCAGUUCAAAGACUCCACAGCUUCACAUCCCAUCCAUUUCAAAGCUGUCAAUAAGUCAAACUACCAAGGCCCCAUUAAAUAGCUCAGUGAUUCCAGUUAUCAAUCAACAGUCCAGAAAGACAACCAAAACUUCAACAACUGAAUAUUUGCAAACUUCAGUUGGUCAGCAUCUUGAGAAGAGUAACAGUGCACUUGGAUUAAAUACAUGUACCAGAGAUAUCAGUGCUCAAUUUGAAAGGCCACAAAUUAUAGAAUCUUACAAUGAGUCAAGAAAUCCAAAAUUUACAUCAACAAAUGAUAGUGGGAAAGUUAUCUGCGGUGAAAGGGCUGUAAUUGAAACCAAUCAAAGCGAGGAAGUAGAAAUGGAAGAAACAGAAGCAUCCAGGACAGCAAACACACCUAAAAUGCCAGAAGUUCAAGGGGAAGUUAGUAGUGCCUGUUCAACUCCAGAAUCUUUACAAGGAUCUACAGGAGGAGGAAGUGGUGGAUUUAGUCCAUUUGAUAUCGAUAAACAUUCUGAAAGAGUUAAAAUGUUUCACAAGUCCCCAGGCAUUCCACCUGGUAUCUACACAUCUAAGCCAAGAGUCACCUCAGAAUCAGUGAUAAAUACCAACACAGUGACUACCAGUUCAGCAAGUCAGUCAUUCCUAAUGCAAAACACUGAAGCAAACCCAUUCAGUAUGAAUGACUUUGAUAUGUACAAUAGGGAAAAACCAAACCAAUAUUCAGACUUACAAGGAUUUGGGGAAUUUAACUUCAGUGACAGAGGAUUCAGCUUCAAUAGCAAUACAAAUGAUUCCUCUGGAUCAGGUGGAUUAAGUUUUGCUGACACUACCUCAAAAUCUGAAGCAUCAAGUGGAUUCAACUUCGGAAAUUCUUUCACUUUUGGAGGGAAUUCUACCAAGGAUGAUAAUUGUGAAAAUUUCUUAUCCGUGUUUGGAAGCAAAAAAGACGACAGUCAAAUGGAGUCCCAAGAAACAAGUUUUACUUUUUCCUUUGGUGGAUUUUAAUCACAAAAUAUCAGUUGUUUAUUGUGAAUUAUUUGUUGAUUGACCAAAACACUUUAAUGACUUUCAGUGCAAUUUAAAAUUGUUAUUAAUUAGUUGAAAUGUUUUGAAAUGUUAUUUUUCUUAUAACUAAGAAUUCGAAGUUGUGGUUAAUAUAAUUUGUACCAUAAAUUGACUUAAUAAUUCAUUUUGUAUAGCUUGGUAUAUACUGAAAAGUAAAAUAAAUAAUAAGUAGGCUCACUGUC